AUGCGUGAUGCUCUUAAGACACUCAAGAAUGAUGAUAGCAUCACAAUCCUUCCUGCGGAUAAGGGUAGUGCCACAAUCAUUCUAGAUAGUACCUCCUACGAAGACAAAAUGACCGAGCUUCUAAGCUCUGGUCCGUAUAAAAUGCUAAAGAAAGACCCCACAGAUCGAAUGUGUCGCAAACUGACCAGUACGUUACUGGCACUAAAGAAAGACAAAGUUCUAGAUGAGGCUACAUACAAAAAGAUAAAGCCCACACAGAAACAGCCACCUAGAAUAUACGGGUUGCCCAAAAUACACAAACCCGGGAUACCUCUCAGACCAAUAGUUUCAUGCAUAGGUUCUUUUGCCUAUAACCUAUCAAAGUACCUGGCGGACAUCCUGUCCCCUCUCACUAACUGCUCAGAACACACGGUUACCAACUCCAGUGAAUUCGCUGAAUUCACAUCGGAGCAGACAAUUAACGAACAAGAAUCCAUGAUCUCUUUUGAUGUAGUCUCCCUCUUCACUAACGUACCGAUAGAGGGCGCAUGCAGUACGGCCCUGCAACGAAUGCAAUCCGACCCCACAUUAUCAGAACGUUCCACACUUAUGCCUGAACAAAUAGUCGAACUCCUCGAGUUCGUCCUCAGAUCCACAUAUUUUCUGUACAGAGGCUCUUUCUAUGAGCAAACAGAAGGAGCAGCAAUGGGUAGCCCAGUCUCAGCGGUUGUGGCUAACCUAUAUAUGGAAGGAUUUGAACAGAACGCUUUGCCCAAGUGUCCUUCCACAUGCCGCCCGCGGGUGUGGAAGAGAUACGUCGAUGACACUUUCAUAAUUGUAAAUAAUUCCGAAGCAGACGGCCUACUCGCAUACAUGAAUAGCCAGCAACCGUCCAUCCAGUUCACUCUGGAGACUGAACAAGGAGGGAAAUUAGCAUUCCUUGAUACGCUAGUCCAAAGACACGAGGGCGGGAAACUUUCCACCUCUGUCUACCGCAAGCCCACUCAUACAGACCAAUACAUACCAUAUGAUUCUCAUCACGACAAAUCGUUCAAGAAGGGUCUUAUUAAAUGUCUGUUCGACAGAGCAGCACGAAGCCUCAUGACCAUAAAAGGAGAAAGGCCCAACAUCAAUGGGGUAAAACGUAAACAUUUACCGUUAGACGGGUCAGACACUUUCCAAGAAGAAUCAGAGUUCUGUUUCUGA